ACGUCAGCACCUCCUCACACAACGGCAGCAUUCAUGUGUUUACCUCAGCUCUGAGCAGGGCAAAAGCAAUGGCUCUGAAAUCGCGGAGACCGUGGACGACAAUGAUUUUCGGCGUCUUUCUCGGAUUCACCGCGUCCUCUUGGCUCAUCGUACCUCAGGUUCUGGAGAGUACACGGAAAAAUCCCUGGUGUGUUUGUACUACAGUGACUCCUCCAUUGCGCGGGAACAGUAGCGGAGAAACCGGGAGACCCGUAAGUAGACCAAGGCAUUUCCUCUAUGUCGGCGUUAUGACGGCGAAAAAAUACUUGAGGUCUCGCACCGUUGCUGCAUACAAGACCUGGGCGAGCUCCAUACCCGGGAAAGUGGAGUUCUUCUCGAGCGCUGGGUCCGGUACGGUCCUCUCGCCCGUCCCAGUCCCAGUGGUUUCGCUGGCAGGUGUGGACUCCUACCCGCCACAGAAGAAGUCAUUCAUGAUGCUGAAGUACAUCCACGACCACUACCUGGAUAAAUACGAGUGGUUCAUGCGGGCAGACGACGAUGUUUAUAUAAGAGGUGAGAAGCUGGAGCUGUUCCUGCGGUCACUGAACAGCAGUAAGCUUUACCUUGGCCAGACGGGCUUGGGCAUGGCUGAGGAGUUGGGCAGAUUGGCCCUAGAGCCUGGAGAGAACUUCUGCAUGGGAGGCCCUGGAUGAUCUUCAGUAGAGAGGUGCUAACGCAGAAUGGUCCCUCACAUCAGUACCUGCCUGAGAGAGAUGUAUACCACCCAUGAAGAUGUGGAAGUGGGCCGUUGUGUGCGACGUUUUGGAGGAACACAGUGCGUGUGGUCUUAUGAG